GUUCAAUUCUACUAGAGUUCAGUAACAAGUCGCGUAUCAACAGCCGCGGGUCAAAAGACAAAAGCGAUAAUAUUUAUAGUUGCAAUCGACAAUCCGUCCUUGACCAAUGCUUAAACGAAACGAAGAUGAUGAAUAUCGACUUGUUCUUCAAACUGCAUAAGUAAGCGAAAUUUAGAUUGCAGUGCUUCAAUGGACGGGCAAACUUUACAAGAAAUAUUAAUAAUUUGUGUAUGCUUUCCAUUAUAUUGUUACGGGCAGUACCAAGUCCCUACCCCAACAUUUGAAGCGUUUAAGCCCAAAGGAUUUCGUGUUUCCAUACCUGAUGACGAAAAAGUGGAACUAUUCGCUUUUCAUGGAAAAAUCAACAAGCCCAUUAUUCAGAUUGAACCAGGAGACUUUAGUCAAGAUGUUCUAAAAGCAGUCAAUGGCAGAUUUACUUACACCGAUCCCAACAUAAAGCUCAAAGAAAAUGAUGUAAUAAAUUACUGGAUAUUCGUGCAACAUGAUCAGUUAGGAUUUCGCAUCGAUGAACAGUCUUGGACGGUUGAUGAGUUACGCCCUAUCGAAGAAUUGAACGAGGUUUCGAGAUGCAUAAAUCCCCGUAUAACAACAGAAGAACCCAAUAAAUUGUGCCCAGGAGAUGAAAUAAUACAUGACACAUUUUCAGGAAAAGCUAUAGAUUUAAACACUUGGAAAGUGGAACAGUAUAUUCCGGAGGAACUGGAUUUUCCUUUAAAUAUCUACAAAAACAGCCCUGAGAUCGUUGAAAUAGUUGACGAUACUCUACAAAUCCGGACUCAAUUGGCGCAGAACUUUUCUCAAAAUAUCAACUUGAAUCCAGGGUGUACGCGAACAGACAAUAUGUUUUGUGCUAAGUCUAAUCGUCAUCAAACAGUUAUGUGGAAUCAACCAACAGUCUCAGGAAAGCUGACUUCUAAGAGAACGUUCUCUGCCUUCGUCAAUAUAACCAUUAGAGCUAAGCUGCCUAAGGGAGACUAUGUAUAUCCAGAAAUUUACCUGCAAGAUGUGGCAAACCCGGAGAGCUUAAUAUUAAUCGCAUUUACUAGAGGAAAUGAGAACUAUGAAAAAAAUGGUAUCGAUAUUGGUGGCAAACAACUUUAUGGGGGCCCAUACAAUAUAUCAAUAAAAGAUGCUAAAAACCCUCACAAUUAUUUGGCAAUUUAUAAAAACGCAGAGCACAUUGGAAAUAAAUGGCAUACAUUUCGCGCAAAUUUAGGGCCUGACGGACUUAAUUUUUAUAUUGACGAUCAACUGUAUGGUCGGUUUAGCUCUGUAAGCUCACCUUAUGCUGAUUUUAAGCAAAUCGAAAUGGUGCGCCUUGUUCUUGGAAUAGCCGUUGGAGGACAUUCCCUAUUUCCUGAUGGCUACACAUCAUCAGGAAAGGAAAAACCAUAUAAAAACUUAGACAGGUACUCAGUAAGAGAUUUUCUAUCCAAAUCUAGUUGGUUGGAAACUUGGAGCAGUGACACCGGAUUACAGGUUGAUUAUGUUACAGUUACCGCUUUAUAGUGUUCAAAUGGGAGUUUUUUACUUGAAAUAAUAAAUAAGUACCACAAAUUA